UCAUCCGGAACUAUUGUUUGUUAGACAAACAAUGUCGGACCGACAAUCGUGGCGUACCAGCAAAAUGGCGUUGUGCUCGGAAGCAAGAUUUUUAAUCCGGAAAAUUCAAGACUUAAGGUGCUUAACGUCUAGAAGACAUCGAGUAAAAGAAAAAUGGGCUGCUUCACGUCCCAAGCACCCUCCUACCAGUUUAGCAGCAAAUCAUUUUGAUGUCACUUACUCCAGUCAGCUGGGGAAACUCUGGCCUUCCGUCCGAGUUGCUCUGCUCUCGGAAAGGAAGUACGGAGCGCUUCUCAAUAAUUUCUGCGACGAUGCUUUUGUGGGUGAUCUGACAUCUCAAGGAUGCAGAGACUUUGUCACAGAAAGAGACAGGAAAGAGCAUGUGUGCAUGGAGCGAGAUCCAGAAGUCAAAUUUAGUGAGCAGUCUGAUUCCACCUCUGUGGAGAAACAUGACAUGAAUGGUCAGCAGCAGUUCUCAGCGCCGCACGUCAGCACUAACAUCAAGUGCUUUGUCUUUCCAAGAGGAGAUAUCUCACGUUUCAAGCCAGCUAGACCAGAUAUAUCUGGAUUAUUGGGCUACUACCUGAUGGACGCUGCGUCAGUGUUGCCUUGCCUUGCACUCGAUGUUCACGAGGGCCAAACCCUGCUUGACCUUUGUGCUGCCCCGGGAGGAAAAACUCUUGCUUUGCUGCAGACCCACGCCAUUGGUUUUUUGUGCUUGAAUGACUCGUCUGUGUCUCGGACAUUACGAUUGAGGAAGGUUCUCCACAGCUACAUUCCGAAGCAGCUUUUGACCAGUGAGACGCUACGCAUCACUUCCUUUGAUGGCACCAAAUGGGGGGAAGCGGAACAGAAUACUUUUGACAGAGUCCUUGUUGAUGUUCCUUGUACCACAGACCGACAUUCACUCAUGGAGGACGAGAAUAAUAUAUUCAGUAAGAGCAGAACCAGCGAGAGGCGACGGUUGCCACAGCUACAGCUGCAACUACUGCUGGCGGGCGUGGUGGCAGCACGUCCAGGUGGCGAGAUCGUUUACUCCACCUGCACGCUUUCGCACAUCCAGAAUGUUGGCGUGGUUGAACAAGCCAUCCACUCGGCGCGUGAGGACCAUGGCAUCCAGCUUGAGGUGGUGGACCUGCGACCACUCACAAACAUGUUCAGGAAUACCUUUCACUUCGCUUCUGAUCUCCAUCUGGGUGAGAUGGUCAUCCCACACUUGGCUGCCAACUUUGGACCCAUUUACAUGUGCAAGUUAAGGAGGCUCACAUAGACAGUCAAUUAAUAUUUGGUGUUCAUUUUCCACAUCUUGGUUUGUUUGUGUAUUUAAGUCAUCACAAUAAAGUCACAUU